UGGAGGCAUUGUUGUCACAUUUUGCUAUGGGUCUCAUGAGUUUCGUUUACAAGUUAAUUUUCUAGUAUAUUAAACAUUAUGAUGGCGCUAUAAACGGAGACAUUGGCUUUGGUACAGCUUUACUGAGGCUGUGCUGAGAAACCUGGUUUCGGAGGUGGUAUGACAGAUGAUGGAUGACGACACAAGAUCACAAGAACUGUUGGACAGUGUUGACAUCUCACAGUUACGACCUGAUGGGAAACUUAAUACAUCAGUUGCACCACCUUCCCUCAAGGUUGAUGAAGAUGGAUGUGCAGUUAUUGCACCACCUGUUACGCAGUAUGUCAACAUACACAGGUUGGCUGAACCUUCUCUUGGUGCUGUUGGGGGUAAGGGGGGAACAGGCGGUGGUGUCCCUUCGGACUGCGGGCCUACUGGCCUUGACCUGGUUCCUCAUCAUGUUGUGCAUAAUGGACUUGUGGUUGACAUGAUGGUACCGGGAAGUGCUGGUGAAUUUGUGGCACAUGGUGCAGCUGGCUACCUUCCUCCUGUGGGUGACCAUUAUGAUGAAGAUGUCUUACUGACGGAAGAUGAUCGUCGCCUUGCAGCAGCCCUCGUUGCUGUACAGAUUGCUCAGCAGCAGAAGCAUCAUGGAAAUGUGGGCAGCAGUCAUCAUGGUUUGCCUCACCCCCAGGAAUUAGGCCUAGUUACUGUUAAUGGUGCCCUGCCGUGCCUUACUAAGGUUCCUGAUCAUCAUAAUGGAAGCAGCGUACCUAUGUCACCAGACCGUGCUGCUGUAGUUCAGGGGUACAUACAGACAGCAGGUGUAGUUGUUGAUGAUGACCAGGAGCACCAACUAUUGACUGAACAGGGUGAUCGUAUCUUAAAAUUGUACCAUCAAGCAGAGCAAGCUGCUGCAUCUGCUCCUUCUACAACGACAGUACAGACACGUCGCCACCAUGUGCAGGCAAUACAACACGAGCUUCCGAGGUCACCGAGAGAUGAAUUGAAGGAAGAAUAUGACAUAAAAAGUGAGGAAGAUGAGAGUGGAGAUGAGCAGGCAUUAGAUCAAGAAGCAGACAUUGAUGCUGGAUCUGGUUCUUCUGAUUAUGGCACAGGUCGUGCUUCUCGUCGCAGUCUUCCUCAUAAGAAGCGCAUACCACGCAAACUGAAACAGCAACAGCAGCAGCACCAGCACCAGCAACAGGUGCAGCACCAGCAGUCCCAGAAAUCAUCAUCAUCUCCGUCUCGCAGUUUAUCAGCACGCCAUUAUAAGUGCAAUCGAUGUGGUGCACAAUUUAAUUCACAGUCAUCACUGGCCUCUCAUCGACAAAUGGCGCAUCAUUCUCAAGCCUUCAGUUGUGAACUGUGUGGCCGUGUCUUCACGCAUCAGAUUAAAUUUUUUGAGCAUCUGAAAUCACAUUAUGAACCUUUAUCUGCUACUAGCACUGUAAUGGAUGAAGAAGCCACAGACCAUGUUGAUGAACCAGAUGUACCACAAGAACAGGAUGAGUCGCAAGUAAAACUUGAACCACUUCGUCCUGUCGCACCUAACAGUUCCUCAACAGCUGUACCUGUGUCAUUGCCUCAGUCUCCUCCAACACCAGUGUACAGUUGUCCACACUGUGGGAAGACAUUUCGGCGCCAGAAGGUUCUUGAAACACACAUCAGUCAGACCCAUCCGAAACAAGAAGAGAUUGAAUUCAGUGAUCCAGAAGAUCUUAUGGAAGGCAUUCGUGAUGUGGUGAAUGUGACAGCAGCUGCAGAUGACGCAGAUCCAUCCAAUGUUGUGAAAGGUGGCCCAAGCUGGUACCACCAUGUUGGCAGUGGUGAUUGGUACCGUGAAGAUGAACUGACAGCAGCUGAGGCAGAUCUUCAUGAAAUUGAAGACUCUUUGGCGUGUGAAUUGUGUGGUGAUGUUUUCACAAGCAAAGAAUUGGUGGCAGAACAUGUACGCCGUGAUCAUCUCGACAUGCCUCCACCGCCCCCACCAGAUGCUCACAGUGAUCCAGAUGGUGAAGCUGAAGCAGAUGGAGAGGAUCCAGACAAUCCCCCAGCACCAGAUCCUGGUCCUGCCAACGAGACUUCUGCCCCCGCAUCAAACAGCACAACAGGUGGAAAGCGAAGACCCAAGAGAUCACGAAGAGAACUUCAGUUAACGUGCCCUGAAUGCUUUAGGAGAUUUAAUCACCGAAACUCUUUGGUAUAUCACCUUCGAUCACAUUCUGGUGAAAGGCCGCACCAAUGUGAAGUCUGUGGAAAGAGUUUCUUUGCUGCAAGUGCACUAAAGGUACAUAUGCGGCUGCAUUCGGGUGAUAAGCCUUACAAGUGUGAAUACUGCGGUCGUCACUUUCGACAGUGGGGUGAUUUGAAGUACCAUUGCAUAUCAAUACAUUCGGAAGAAAAGAAUUACCAGUGUGAAUACUGUGGGAAAGACUUUGCCCGAAAAUACUCUCUCAUUGUGCAUAGACGUAUUCAUACUGGCGAGAAAAAUUACAAGUGUGAAUUUUGUGGGAAAAGCUUCCGUGCCUCCUCAUACCUUCAGAAUCAUAGACGGAUUCACACAGGUGAGAAGCCACAUCCAUGUAAUGUGUGUGGCAAGCCAUUCCGUGUUAGAUCAGACAUGAAGCGACAUCUCAACACGCACAAUCGAGAACGACACAGAAGUAAUGGGGCUCGUAUUGCGGCCUCCUCAGCUACAGAGGAUCAGUUGAAGGUUGAAGAAGCAGAAGUAGUUAGUGGCUUGAGCCACACAGUUUCUGUGGAACAUCAAACAGCCACACAGCAGUCACUGAGCACAGUUGCUGAAAUAUCCGUGCAGGAUGCUGCUCCUCCAGAUAGCCUUUUGCCGGAAGAAACAGGUGGCUCAGGUUUGCGGCACAGUGCACUGGGCGCUGCUGCUGAGGAAGUUCUUUACCACACCAGGGACACACUGGAUGCUGUCCGUGAUUCAAGCACACUUUAUGUUUGGCCGAUCUAUAUGAGUUAGCACAACCACUUAGCAUUCAGGCUGGUGCCUACUCGCUGAUAAUUGACUGAUUUGAUUGUGAUUGCCCGGUGUAACAGAGAAGACUUAAUUAGAAUGACACGGGUUUUGUACAAAGCUGUCGAACUCAGGUGGUUGAAUGGGAUUCAAUUUGUCUGUAUUUCCAUGUCUGGGCUUCUGUGCUGUGUUGUGUUGUGAAUGAGAAACAGUAUUUUGUACUGCAAGACUGGAAUAUCAUUUAAAUAAUAUUUAUAUAAAUUGCAUCUAUGACUGUCCCCAGACAGAUUUUACCUGUUUGGGAGUUCUGAAUGGUAUUGCUGGAGAUAACCCAGCAUUCUCAGAUAUUACUAGCUUGAGAUAUUUUUUCUGGUCUGAAUUGUCAGUACUAUUCUCACCAUGGUUGUAAUUGGAAUGUACAAUAGAGAGUUCUGGAAGAGAUUUUCAGUACUUGUUAAUGUGCAGAUUGCUGGUUUCUGCUGUAUUACAUUUAGAGGGAUGUGGUGAAGCAAGGUGCGAGAUAUGCGGACUGGAUUUGGAAGUGAUGAAAUGGAAGUCUUCCUUAAGUAGCUUAUGACUGUUAAGAUGUUGAAUGCUUGUGGCAUUUGUGCUGUGUACCACUAAUUGUUUGCUUGUGCUAAUGAGGAUUGAAUCAUUGUUUGUUAAUUGUGUAUAUGUUUUUAUACUGUGUAUCUUUGGUAUUCUAGAGUUCUGAAAUAACUGAUCAUUGUAUGGAAUUGAAAAUCCAGUAAGUAAUACUCAGCAGCUAUUGGGAUACAUUUUAGGAUUAAGCACAAAGCAAGUUCUAAGGUUUCACUAUUUUUUUAAGAACCUUUACAUAUACUUACAUCUGUAUCAAAAUUGAAGCAUUCCACUGCAAAUUUUAUGUAAUAUAAUAAUGAUUGUGUAUGUUUGUACUGUGUAUGAAUUUUGUUGUGAGCCUGCAAGUUCAGCUACAAGAAUGUGUGCUGAUACUAUAUUAAAGAGUUGAAUUACGUACUAAAGCGAGAAAAUAUUUUUCUGCUUAUGUCUUAGGUAUUGUGAUUAUUUAUCUGUACCUACAUUGAGACUGAAAUAAUAGUUUUAAUUAUUUAGUUUUGAGUGCUUUUGUCCAUUUUUCAGAAUGAAGAGAUUGUAGCUAUGUUAUAUAAUAUUUUUCAGUAGUAAUCUCUUCUGCAUCCCUUUUUGGACAGAUUGCCUUAAGACAUUGCUGUGUUUUAUAAAUGGAAGCAGUAGAUGCACAUAUGAAUGGAUCCAGAAAAUAAGUCUUUAAUUUUAUUGUUAUCUUAACAUGAGAAAUAGGGAAUGAUUGUGUGAUGAUUGGUGCAGAUUGUUGUAAAAUUAUUGUGUGACCAGACAUUCUGCAUAGACAUUUAUUUUUCUUAAAUAUCUUUUACAUAUUUGUUCUAGAUAUUGUGUCAUUACAUUUCUACCUUUAUCUGAUUGCAGAAUGCAUCUUAUGUACACUGUUUCUCCCUGUCACUGCGUCUUAAGAAUUUACAGAUAUUUAAUGCUAGAACUAUUCUUAUCUCUAUGAUUCAAUUCAGUCUUCUUCUUUAUCACCUAUAUGCUACUUUUAGUUUUAAUGAAUAGGAAAUGUGGAAUGAUAUAUAGUAGUUUAUGCAAACUAUUUCAUAGACUUUAGCAGAUACUGUUCAUUGUUUUCGUGGCUGUACAUUUUGGUUUGUGACUACAGGUGCAAAAUCAGAGGAUAAUUUAUUGGGAAUAUUGAAAAUAGAAUUUAAAAAAAUUGGUUUUCAUUAUGAUUUUGUGAGAAAUGUUGUGAGAAUACUUUAUCACAAGCAUUCUUCAUCUAUUACUUGAAUUUUAUACAAUGCACUGAUGUGAGUUCCUCACGUAUAUUUCUGUUUGGUGGUACGCUUGAUUUGUGUGUGUGUGUGUGUGUGUGUGUGUGUGUGUGUGUGUGUGUGUGUGUGUGUGUGUGUGUGUGUGUGUGUGUGUGUGUGAAGCGUGUAGUAUGUAAUAAUUUUAUUAGCAGCUGUGUUUCAUAGGUUUCAACUUAAUUAACUACAGUGUCUUGCCACUGCUGCUGUCUUUGCAGCUGCUAUCUCAUCUGUUUAUUCUACUGUCCAUCUGCUUUUGAUGUUCACUGAACCCAAUAGUUUCAAUAGAAUUCAUUUAAAAGUUGAAAAUAUAAUGACUGGAUUUACUUCAUAUCCCCUGCAAGAAUAACAUUUCGUUUAAAUGUAACAUAAUUAUGCUCCUUGUAUAAUAUAUUUAGUCAUUCCAGGUAAUUUAUUGAGUAAUAAAUGCAGAUGGGGAUUUUAAUAUCUUUUGAACAUGAACGUAGUUUUUAAAGCCUUCAAGCUACUGUACCAAAGACAUGAUUAUUUUUAUAAUGUUUUUUAUGGUUUUAUCAUGUCAGUAUUUUAAAGAAUUGUACUUGAAGGUAUCAUGGUGCUAAUGAAGAGGUUUGUCUUUUAGAACAGCAUUUGCCGGAUUAGUUUUGUGUACAGAACAUUUGCCGUUUAAAAGAGGACAAAUAAUUUGCCAUGGAUUUGUGAGGGCAUCAGGUAUGUUUUUCAAUGGAGCAAGCAGCAUUUAUUACAGUUGUCAUCCUUAAUUAUAAGGUUAGCAGCUGUAUUAGAUUUUUUAGACCCCCUCGUGCUCUCUCUCUCUCUCUCUCUCUCUCUCUCUCUCUCUCUCUCUCUCUGUCUCUCUGUGUGUGUGUGUGUGUGUGUGUAUGUGUGUGUGUGUGUGUGUGUGUGUGUGUGCGUGUGCGUGUGUGUCUGUCUGGGCGCGUGCGAUUGCUCCUCUGUGUAAGGUGGCCUAAAACAACUAUAAACUGUAUCUAAAUUAUAAUAAUACUUUUAACGUUUUUUUGUGUAUUUUGGUACUUGCAGUUCACUCAAUAAACCACCUCUCAUUCAUUUAUUGUAUUGGCUUGGAUUUGCAUGAGAAGGACCUUCAUUUUCACAUCUUAUGUUCAUUCAUCAUCUGAGUGUGUCAUGAACAUGUAUGAUUAGUGAAAAAUUUAUCUGAGUCCAGGUCUGAAUGGUUGUUUCUCUAUUUUUUGUCUGCUUUGUGGAAGUUAUUUUCUUUUAGUGACUAGUUUACAAAUAGAUUUCAUUAGUAUAAUGAAUGUAACUGUGAAUUGUGGGAUCAUUAGCAGUUUGUAAAGAAAAAGUGAAUUUUUCAUACAGGAAAUGUAUGUGCAAUUACUUUUCAAAAUUGGUUAACUAAUUUGUCUUUUAUCACCAGAACAAAAAUUAUCUUCUGGAAGAUGAACCAUUAAAGUAUAUAAACAGCGAGCUCAAAAUUGUUUUAGAUUAUCAUGAAAUUUAGCUUUCACCUAUUUUAAUGUCAGACAAUAGGAGUAAAGUAUUGCAACUUGGUAUACUUACUUUCCCCGUACAUCUUCAGUGAUUUUCUCACACACAAAUAACUAAUUGUGUCUCCUUUUUUAAUGUUUUUCUGUUGUUGGCUGACACCUUUUCUAAAAUGAACAUGGCCAAAAAAUUGAUGUAAUAUUCAAUGUCAGUUUCUGAUUGUGUUUCAUAAGAAUUCAGCUUCAUGAAACAUUAAAAACUUGUGAUAUUGUCAUGUAUAGUCAUAAAAUACUGCUACAGGAAGAUAUUCAUCUCCAAUAUGUGGAGUGUUGGAACACUAAAACAUUUUUUGUUUAUUGAGGGUUUCAGAAAAUAUUUCGAAUAAAUGAUGCUGUUCAUGACAGUUGUGUUACAGUGACAGGGAAAACAAGUCAAAGUUGUAUAUGAAAAUAUUUCUUGUCAACCCUUGUUUUAUGUACUAAUUUUUUGUGUAUUUUUAUGUUGUAUAUAAAAUGUAACUGUACAUUUCUAAUUAUGGUGCUUUCUGUGUAAAGGGCACUUUUAGACUGAUGGACAGACUGUGUAAAAAUAUCUGUAAUAUUAGGAAAGUGGUUUGUUGUGAAAAAGUACUAUUACUGUGACUUAACUUUGUAUCAUUGUUAUUUCUAAUCACACAAGCAUCUUAAAAAGUGUUUGCUGUAUACAUUGCAGUUCUAUACUUAUCAGAAUGGCUCCCCUGACACAGUCUGAUAUACAUUUUUAUAUAUUAGCCUCAUAUCAUAAUUUUGUUUGCAGCAAGUGUUCAGACAUUCUUUGUCAUGAAUGCAUUACUAAUUGAUGUCAACAGCGUAUGCUUUGUUGCCUGUGUAUUCAACUUGUUUCUUUUAUUUCUAUGGCUAUGAAUAUAUAUAUGAGAGAGAGAGAGAGAGAGAUUGAGAGAGAGAGAGAGAGAGAGAGAUUGAGAGAUUGAGAUUGAGAUUUUCAUGAUAACUGCUUUUCUUUAUUCUUAUUUUUGUACCAAUAGAUUGGUGGAAAACUGAGGAGAAUUUCAUUAAAAAAAUUAUCAUCUGUGCUCUGGGGAAAUGCAUCAAUAAUCUGCCAGUCAAGAAAAGAAUGUCUGGGUCACUUUUAACAACUUGUCCAUCAAUAAGAUCUCAUGAUUAAGGAAAAUGUUAGAAGUAUCUGUACCGUAGUUUGUAAUUGCUUGGAAGCUGUAAUAAGGUCAAAUUCUGUGAUGUUUUGACUCUUAAGUACAGUGCUAUUUCUAAAUAAUCUACUCUUUACAAGAGUUUAUAAAAUGUUGAAUAUGAAUUUUUGUACUGAGGAGUAUAUUAAAUAUAUCUUCUGUA